AUGGCUGAUUACAAGCCAGCGUCUUUUCUUCUUUUUGCUAAAGCUUUUCCUUCUACUUCUGCCCCUUUCUCUAAUCCUGCUCUUUAUCAGAGUCUUGUUGGAGGUCUUCAAUACUUGACUAUUACCCGUCUAGAUUUGGCUUUUGCUGUCCACCAAGCUUGUCAAUAUAUGCAUAGUUCUACUCAAGUUCACUUUGUUAUGGUUAAAAGGCUUUUAAGGUUUGUUAUAGGCACUUUACAGUAUGGUUUAACCUUUUCCACUGGUGCAUUUGACCUCCAUGUUUUCUCCGAUGCUGACUGGGCUAGUUGUCCUUGUGAUAAACGUUCUACCUCUGGUUUUUGCAUAUUUCUUGGUCCGAAUUUGGUGUUAUGGGCUGCUAAAAAGCAACCUACUGUUGCUUGGUCUUCUAUUGAAGCCGAAUACAGGGCUAUGGCCUGA